AUGGAGCCAAGCACCACCACUUCUUUGCCUGCUCACAAUAGUAUAGUAUCUUCCUCCGAUACAGACAUUAAUACACCAGAAUUACCACCCCCUCCUUACUCAAAGGAACCAAUUGUUGGCAAUAAGAUGCCAGUUUCACCAACACACCGAACAGGAUCUGCAUCAUCUGCUUCCUCUCUUUCUAUUCAUCACAUGCUAAACUCGGAGAAUCUGCAACAACAACAACAACAACAACAACAACAGCUGUUUCCAUUACCACCUGUCCCACCAGCGCAAAGAGAUUUGUCAGCUGCAGAAGCACUAACUCAGUUGACAAGAAGUGCCACUCCCCCAUCUGAUGCUGAUACCAUGGUAACCACAGACUACGAGGACGAUUUGGAUUUAACUGAUUCUCAAAGGCAACAAAGACACCCACUCGUUUCUACGGUGUCAAUGGUUGCUAAACAUCCUAUUGUUAUGAAUGCAGUUAAAUAUUAUGAAACCUCGAAAAGGAGAUAUUCCUCAUUCAAUUAUGCCGCAGGAAUUGUUGAAGCAGCAGCUAUACCAGUGGUAACCAGAAUAGAGGACAACUUAAACACUAGACAUCAAACAAAGAGACAUGCAUCGUCGUCAUCAUCAGCAAACGGUGCUGGAUCACCUCUUUCACCAACAUUGAAUCAACAUACCAUGUCUUCAUUUGACAAUAAACAAAAGAAACGAAGAUUAUCUGCAUCUUCGACUAUGUCAGCUGCAACAACUUCAUCACACUCUGGUAUUGUACCUAGUUCAGAUGCAAAAAAGAGAUUACAAUUUUGUAUUCACAUUUUAAAAGCCGCUAAUGCAACAAUAAACUCAAAAAUCAAUUUCCUUCAAUUAAAACUUGAUGAAACUGAAAUGGCAAUUAAAGAAAAGAGACAUCAACUACAAACACAAAGAUCCAAUGAAAGCUUUUUCACUGAUCAGACUACCGAAAAGACAAAAGGGGAAAUAGUUGGCACCGUCAAAAAGAUUAUUCACCUUAUCCUGAACUUUCGUCCAAGUACAUUAACUGCAGCAGCAGUACCGACACAUCCAACAGGUUCAACAGAGGCAGCAGAGGCAGCAGAGGCAGUAGAGACAACAGCAUCAACUGCAGCGGGAACACCUGCAACCCCCACCACCCCUGCAGCGUACCAUCCAAAUACCCUUUCUCGUACUAGUUCCUUUAACGGAACUCCAGUACCCAGUGGCUCAACUGACAACGCAAAUACACCAACAACGACAUUAACCCCUACUUCAUCCCAUGGAUCUUGUUUGCAAGAAUACGAGUUGAAGAAUACCAUACGUGAUAUCAUAUUGCGCUUGCCUGCAUCGUUGCAACAUGCUGAAAAUGAUGGAGGUAACGAUCGUAUAUUUGUAUUUGCUAAAGAAAGUUUGGAAAUGAUUACGAAACUUACUAAUGUCUUUAGUGAACAAUUGGUUCAUGUCGAAUCAUGGGUCAAUGGUGAAAUUCCAGAAGAUCCCAGAAAUGAAAUCGAUGGUGUAAGCGAAAAAGAAAACGAUGUGGAAAUGAAGGAUGAAAAAGGGUUUGACCUGGUUAGUACUAGAUGUUCAAGUGAAGAACCAGAUGGAAUAACGUCAGCUACAAAAAGAAUGAGAAUAGAUGAGUUGAUUGAAAAUUAA